AUGCAGACCGACCGUACGGAGCCACUUCUCUCCCAGAGAGAAGAAAACCAAACCCCAUUUAACCAGCCCCAAGUGCAAGAUUACCUUGUGAGAUCAUCAAACCUUUCUUUUUCUUCAUCCUUCGUAGCAGAUGCCGACGACAUCCCUCCGGUCACUGGAGUUCGAGAUUUCUUCAAAGAAUUCUGUGUCGAGUCCAGAAAACUCUGGUACCUCGCUGGUCCAGCCAUUUUCACAUCCCUUUGCCAGUACUCUCUCGGCGCCAUCACUCAAACCUUCACCGGCCAUGUGGGUACCCUUGAGCUCGAUGCCUUCUCUGUAGAAAACUGCGUCAUCGCCGGCUUCUCCUUCGGCGUCAUGCUUGGCAUGGGAAGCGCAUUGGAGACGCUGUGUGGACAAGCCCAUGGAGCAGGACAGUUUGAUAUGCUUGGGAUAUACAUGCAGAGAUCAUGGGUUGUUCUCAACAGCACAGCUUUCAUACUCACGUUUUUCUACAUCUUCGCAACGCCAUUAUUAAAGCUGAUCGGCCAGCCGGAGGAGAUAUCGAAUGCGGCGGGGAAGGUGGCUGUGUGGAUGAUACCACAGCUCUAUGCUUAUGCGAUGAAUUUUCCGAUUUCCAAGUUUCUACAGGCGCAGAGCAAGAUCAUGGCUAUGGCAUGGAUAUCGGCGGUGGUGUUGGUGGUGCACACUUUGUUCAGCUGGUUGUUGAUGCUGAAAUUGGGGUGGGGACUGGUGGGAGGAGCGGUGGUGCUGAAUGCGUCGUGGUGGUUCAUUGUGGUGGCGCAGCUGGUCUAUAUCUUUAGUGGGGCUUGUGGUCGAGCUUGGUCUGGGUUUUCAUGGAAGGCCUUUCACAGUCUUUGGGGAUUCGUUAAGUUAUCCCUCGCAUCAGCUGUGAUGCUUUGCUUAGAAAUAUGGUAUUUGAUGGCAUUACUCCUUUUUGCUGGAUAUUUGAAGAAUGCAGAAGUAGCAGUCGCUGCCUUGUCCAUAUGGUGA